UGGUUUUGUCAUUUGGCAGCUCCUGCUAUUUUGCUAUCUUUCACAUAUCGCUCAGUGCUCGGUGCGCAUAAUCGGAUAUAGACUGUGAGUCAAAAAAUUGAAACCAACCAGAAAAACCAUUCCUUGUGUGGAUGAGUUGGAUCGAACCUUAUCGCGGUUUCCUAUAAAUUGUAUUGAUAAUCUCUCAUUUCAACUACAGUUUGUUAAUUCUACAAUCACAAAUAGCCUUUAUAUCCAUACUCCUCAUAUUCUUCACAUUCUCCGUAUUCUCCAUAUUCACACCAUCUGUCUUCGUUAUUAAUAUGUUGGCUCGAAAUCUGAAAAUACCAAUCAAUGUCUUAUACAAAACCAGACAGCCAAUUUUACGGUUUUUCUCAGUUGACCACAGUGAUAGCCAGUUUUUAAAUCGAGCAUCAGAAAAUGUGGAUGCAACCAACACAAUUCUCUCCGAUAUAAUCGAUGCACAGCGUCGUAUCAACACAUUGCCCAAGAGAGCCACCUGGUUAGAAGCAUUAAAUGAAAGAAAACGACAAUUGGCAAAGGGAAAGAUUUUGGAUUCGUUUUCGUACAAGACUGCUGGAUCAUUUAAAAUAUCAGAGAAAACGAGAAAGGAUUCAUUUUCAUAUUUGGUUUUGCCCUUCAAAGACGAUUCAUAUCUCUGUGAUGCGUACAUCAAUGCGUUUGGCAGAUUAAGAGUUGGGCAGUUGUUUCAAGAUUUAGAUGCGUUAUCGGGUAGAAUUGCAUACAAGCAUUGUUCGCCAGCUGAGCCAAUGAUAGUCACAGCGUCAGUGGACCGAAUUUAUAUGACCAAAAGAAUUGAUGAGAUUAGCAAGACUAAUGUUGUAUUAGCUGGAUAUGUUACAUGGGUUGGUAGAUCGUCGAUGGAGAUUACAAUCAAGGCGUUGGAUCACAAGGCAGCGUUGGAGCUCAAUGGCGAGAUUACCGAAGAUAUGAUCAAAGAGGAUGAUGUUAUAUUGACAGCUAAUUUCACCUUUGUUGCUAGAAACCCAGAGACACAUAAAUCAUUUGCAGUGAAUCAUUUUUUGCCAUUAACGCCUGAAGAAUGGGUGGAUUUUAGAAGAGCAGAAUCACACAAUUCAGAAAAGAAACUAAGAGCGGCUACAGCCAAUUUGAACAAGACAAUUCCCACGCCAAAGGAGUCUUCAUUGAUUCAUAAAUUAUGGUCAGUUUCAAAAGAAUUGGAAAAGGAAUAUGACAGCGGUAGCAUUGAUAUUCACGGUAAUAAAGAGAAGAAAAUUGGAAACAUAAAAUUCAUGAGGGAUACUAAAGUUGGAUCAACAUUGUUUAUGCAACCACAGUAUAGAAACAGACAUUCGUAUAUGAUAUUUGGUGGAUAUUUGCUAAGACAAACCUUUGAAUUGGCAUAUUGUUGUGCAGCAGCAUUUGCUCAUGCUCCACCAAGGUUUAUCUCGUUAGAUAGCACUACAUUUAAAACACCAGUUCCAGUUGGGUCGGUGUUGUAUAUGAAUUCAGCAGUUUGCUAUACUGAACAUAUCCAUGAGUCUGAUUUGGCCUCACAAGAAAGUGGUGGUGGUGUUGGUGUUGGUGGUGCCAGUGAAGCCGGAAAAACGGAUGAUGAAGUAAUCAAUAAAGAAUUGAAACAUCUUGAUUUGGUCUCAGCAAAUGUUCUCACUACAGAUCCAACAGACUUCUUAUCAAGACCAGGAACAGUUAUUCAGGUGAAAGUGGACACCACAGUGAGAGGAUUGGGUGAUAGUGAAAAGACACAAAGUGGGUCCUUUAUCUAUUCUUUUUUCGUUCCCAGAGACUCGGAGGAAAACAAGGCAGGCGUUCCAGGAUACUGCACAGUGAUCCCACAAACAUACAGCGAGAUGAUGGAGUUCAUUGAAGGCAGACGAAGAGCUGAGGACACUGCGAAAUACGCCUGUCAGUUGAAGAGCGACCACUCCAAGGGCAACUGAGGUCAAAGAACGUUCUCCACAGAGGUUCAACUGCUAAUCAAUUCAUGUGGCGAUAAUACAAAACUAUUCAAGCCGAUAGCGCGGGUCACCUCAUGUCCGCAGAAACACCGCAUAUGUAUACACAACCCGCAGCUCAAGGAGCCCCCACCUCGAAAACUCCGAACAGUGUUUUGGGCUAGUACCACUACCGGGAAGCUGUUUUUUGUCCGGGAACGCGUUUUGCUGCGUUUACAGGCGCAGUUUGCUUGUGUACGCAGCAGCGCAGGGCUUGGCCGGAGAGGGCUGACCCGGCCUGGAGCACGACUCGCGCUAGAUGCUGGAUGUGUCUGUGCUGUGGCGGUGGCAGCAAGUCGAGGACGAGGAGCGAGCCAAUCGGACGCGCGU